ACUCUGCAGUUUUCGUCAAUGAAACCAUCUUGUUACUGCAGUCAUUCCGGCAUUUUCGCCGCCGCCAUUUACACAUUGCUGUAGCGUGGUUGCGAAUCCUAUAAAUUCCGAAUCAACCAUCAUUAUCAAAUCACCUGAGUCUCCAGGAUUUAAUACAGUGUGGAAAAUUCCCGAUUCGUUUGAUAUCACUAUUCGAAGACGAAGAUGCCUGGCUUCAGCAGUGUUGGGACUUUCAAGAUCUUCAUCGGAAAUUUGGCCGAUAAAACGACUAAUGCGGACAUCAAGCCCCUGUUCGAGAAAUAUGGCAAAGUCGUUGAGUGUGAUGUUGUCAAGAACUACGGUUUUGUUCACAUGGAGAAUGAAGAAGCCGGUAGAAAUGCAAUUCAAAAUUUAAACGGUCAUCUAGUUCACGGCCAGCCGAUUAAAUGUGAAGCAGCCAAGAGUCGUAAAGGUCCAAACACUCCAACCACGAAGAUAUUCGUGGGCAAUUUAACUGACAACACAAAAGCACCACAAGUGCGCGAGCUCUUCGCUAAAUUUGGAACAGUCGUGGAGUGCGACAUUGUUCGAAAUUAUGGAUUUGUUCACUUAGAGGCAACAGGUGAUGUGAACGACGCAAUCAAGGAAUUGAACGGUCAGAUUGUCGAUGGCCAGCCGAUGAAGGUCCAGAUCUCGACGAGCAGAGUGAGACAGAGGCCUGGAAUGGGAGAUCCUGAACAGUGCUACAGGUGUGGACGAGGUGGUCACUGGUCCAAGGAGUGUCCCAAGGGUGGGAUGGGAGGAGGACCAGAUAGGAAUGGAUUCAGGGAUAGGAUGUUUGGCCGUGAUCCUUACCCCCCACCACCACCACCACCUUUCCUCAGAGAUCGACUCAUGGGUGGACGAGGAUUUGGGGAGUACGAUAGCUACUACGACAGACGAGGAUUUGACGACACGAGAGAUUUGUAUGAAAGACGGUUCACUGGCAUGUCUGGACCUCGUGACAUGGACAGCUCCAUGCUUGGACGAGAUUUCCCCCCAAUGUCAAUGCCACCACUACCCACGAGACGAGAUCCCAUGCCACCGAUGCCAGCUAUAGGAAUGGGCACCAUGAGGGACAGUGGAUUCUCAAGAGGAAAUGAUUAUGGAAUGUUCAGCAGACGAUCUUCACCUCCCAGUGGAAAUAAUGGACGUUUCAGUAGAGGCAUGUACGAGGACUUCAGCCGAGAUUCUUUUGAGGAGCGUCGACCGGGAAUCCGUGGACCAUCGCCGUCGCGCCGGUUCGCACCAUAUUAAUCCAAAAAAAUGCAAACCGAGGCGGAUAAUCUGAAAAACAAAAUAAUAAAAAAAACCCUCGUCGUCGCGUCGGAUUCGCCGGAUCGUUGAUCGUUCGUCUUCGUUGCUUCCUCGGUCACUACGGAAAACACAAACAAGUGUCACGCAUUCGGAUCAAUACACGG